AAGAUAAAUCUAAAUGCUGUACGUCUCUCUCUUGACUCUUCUCCGGGAGUUUAUAAAUACAACCAGAGCCUCCUCCAUUUUUAGCAUCAAGAAUCAGCAUGACCGGGCAGCACGAGAGCGAUCAGCCCAUCUCUCCCUUCUUGGCAAGGUUCCACGCAGACCUCUUCCGCGUCUCCAUGGCCCUUGCGAGCCAAGCUGUCCUCUGGAGGACGCUGAACUCCGCCUCUUUCUCCGAUCCAUGGCCUCCCAUCUUCAACUCUAUCGUCGAGAAGUCCUUCUGGCUGCUGGCUGCUCUCGUCCUCUCUUCUUCCUCCCUUGCCUACCUCUUCAAAUGCAUCUUCUACUUCGACGUCGUCAAGGCCGAGUUCCUCGACCGGUGGCGGGUCAACUACUUCUUCGCCCCAUGGAUUGCCGCUAUCUUGCUCCUCCAAUGCCUCCUUCCCAACAGAUACGACCGAUGGAGGGGCAGCGGCUGGGAGGGAAUCAAAUUCCUCAAUUGGGGCCACUUGAACUCCGCCAUCUCCAGGGCCUUUUGGUGUGCUUUCACCAUGCCCAUACUUCUACUGGAGGUGAAGAUCUAUGGCCAGUGGUUCACCAAGGGCAAGCGCUUCCUCUCCACCGUCGCCAACCCAUCCACCCACAUCUCCCUCAUCGGCAACUUUGUCGCCGCCCAGGCCGCCGCCCGGCUGGCCUUGCUGGAACUCAGCCUCUUCUUGUUCGCCGUGGGCAUCGUGCACUACGUGGUGGUGUUCGUGACCUUAUACCAGCGCCUGCCUUACAACGACUCGUUCCCGGCACAGCUGCGGCCCGCUUCCUUCCUGUCGAUUGCGGCCCCCAGCAUGGCGUCCGUUGCGUGGGCGUCACUCACCGGCGACUUCGGCUCCGGCUGCAAGAUGUUGCACUUCCUCUCUCUCUUCCUCUUUACAUUGCUAGUUGUGAGGCCUGUCCUGUUUGUGAAGGCAAUGAAGAAGUUCAACGCUGCAUGGUGGGCAUACGUGUUUCCUGUCUCGGUUCUUGCUCUCUCCUCGGCGGAGUACGCAAAGGAAGUGCCGACCGUCGUGGCCGAGGCUCUCAGAAGGGCCAUGUCUAUGAUAUCACUGGCCAUGACCAUGGCCCUGAUCCUGCUCACUGUCGUUCACAGAAAGACCUUCUUUUCUGGAGACCGGUUUCCGGGCUCCCCCUCCCAAACCAAGGUCUUGCCGGUGACUUCACCUCCUAAGUCCAUCCAAGACAAUGAUUCCGACGCUGUCCUCCCUCUAUGAAUCACCGUAAACUAAAACUGAAGGGGGGAAAGGACGCACUAUUCUUGAGAAACGGGAAACUAAUUGAGUCAGUUGCCCGGCUUCUUCGGAUGCCUCCGUGGAUCGGUGGAUUCAGCUGAAUCGCUCAAGAAUCGGCAUUAAGUAGUUGAUAAUUAUACAUAAAAACAACUGAAAAACACUUAUAAAAGCAACACUAAAUAAAUGGUACACGGAAAACAUUGAAUCGGUCUGGCUCCCUUGUAUCGGCCGACAAAUUGAACUGAUGUGCCGCCGAUUCGACUUGAAUCAGCUGAUGCAGGAGAGUUUUCUAGAACAUCGGAAAAGAGGCCAAUAAGUAAUGCAUUCCAGCUACAUGGAGAAAGAUAUUCUCAGUUGAGGAAGAAGGUCAAGAGUUCAACCGGUUCCGUCGGUGCUCAGUUGGUGGUCUUCAAGGGCAGCCUGUCACCAGCAAAAGUCUUCUGUCACUUCACAACUCUUUGCGUCGCUCAUAUCGGUUUUGACUUUUCCAUGCACAUAUACGAUAUGAUCUGUUUAUUUUUUCUUUUCUUCAGGGGUAUAUUCAUGUAUGUACCACCGGUUUCUUGUUCAUUUUUUGAUAAAUUGCAUGAUUUUUACUCUAA